AUGAUUCCAAAGUGCACACACUCAGGAACACUGCAAUCCUUGUCAGACUUAACAGGGACAUUCAGAGCAAAAAAAGCCAAGUAUCUAAGUGAAGUACCUGAACUAGAGAACCGAAUACAUCAGCCUCCAAACAACAACUCACUGCACGUAGCAAUUUUGGCUUCCAUUCUUUCUCUUGUCAUUUACUGGCUCAUCAGAGACAGUCACAGAGCGAGAAAACUGAGUGGAAAGCAUGUCUUCAUAACGGGCUGUGACACCAGACUUGGAAACUCACUGGCUAAAUGGCUUGACAAAAGUGGAUUUUGUGCCGUUACUGCACAUGCCACAGAAAAAGGAGGCCAAGGGCUUUUGGGCUUGGUGAGCAAUGCUGAAGGAACAGUACCCAUAGUGCCUACCGACUGGCUGAGGACUGAAGACUUCCACUCAGUGCUGGAUGUUAGUCUGCUAGGAUUGACUGAAAUCAUGCUCAAGCUUCUGCCACUUCUGAAAAAAGCUGAGGGAAGAGGAGUCAAUCUAACUAAUGCCAAAGGCCUCAUGGCUUUUGUAGGGGUUGGCUACAGCCUGUCCAAGUGGGGCAUGGAAGCUUUUUCUGACAUCUUAGUGAGACAGACGCAGCAUUUUGGAGUGAAAGUAAGUGUUAUUGAACAUGGUUUCUUUAAGAGAAUGUUGUAUAUAAAUGCUUUCAGGUUUAUUUUCUUCUUUGCAGAUAUAAAAGCUCAAAGAUCAUCAGUGGAAAGACUGCAUGACUCUGAUAUUUCCAAGGUCAUAAAAUGCAUGAAACGUGCCCUGAUAGCAAAGUACCCCAGGACAUGAUACGGAGCUGGAUGGGAUGCAAAGUUCUUUUGGCUGUUUCUCUGCUAUGCCCCAAGCUGUUUAUCUGACAUGCUGCUGUGUAUGUUUCCAGUUCCAGCAGCUAGUGGGAGAUCAGUUCCUGAAAUUCUAAUUAACAUUUAG